AUGGAACCACCGGCCACUGCACCCAAAUGCUCCUCCAGACGCCUCCUCUUUGACCGCCGUUACGGCUGGGUGGUCGACGAAUGGAAGGACCCAUCGGAAGAAGCUCUCGCCGGCGGCAGAGGAAUGUUUUGUGUACUUCCCUUGGGGAAAACUCUGUUUCAGACUGCUUCACAAUCUAUUAACUCGGCCGUCAAUUUUCUGGAUAUGAAGAUUCAGAAAUGGGCAAAUCCUCCUAUCCACAACCCAAAAGCUAGUUUCGUAGACACUAGCGGAGAUUCAGGUUCAGUGGUUGAAACGUGA